AUGGAUUUUGACGAUGAUGCCCCGCCUGAUCUGGUCGACGCCGGAGCCGUCCCGGAGGACAUCCCGGAGACCGUACUACCUGCCUCCGAGAGGCAGAUCAAAGUCCCCAUCACUAUAGUUACCGGGUACCUGGGUGCCGGAAAGACGACAUUGUUGAAUUACAUCUUGACGGCGCAGCAUGGGAAGAAGAUUGCUGUGAUUAUGAACGAGUUUGGAGACUCACUGGACAUUGAAAAGUCUCUUACCGUCAACAAGGGCGAUGAGCAGGUUGAGGAGUGGCUCGAGGUUGGCAACGGCUGCAUAUGCUGCUCUGUAAAGGACACUGGCGUCAACGCCAUCGAGUCACUCAUGGAGAAGAAGGGCGCCUUCGACUACAUCCUCCUCGAGACCACCGGCCUCGCAGACCCCGGCAACCUGGUACCGCUGUUCUGGGUUGAUGACGGGCUCGGAAGCACAAUCUACCUGGACGGCAUCGUCACCCUUGUAGACGCAAAGAACAUCCUCCGCAGCCUCGACGAUCCAUCUGGAGAGAUCAAGCUCGAAGACCAGGAAGACGACCACGGCCACGGCCCGCUCAUGACGACGGCGCACGUGCAGAUCUCGCACGCUGACGUGAUCGUUAUCAACAAGGCGGAUCUCGUCUCUGAAGAGGAGCUGAAGCAGGUCAGGGCAAGGAUACAGUCCAUCAACGGGCUGGCCAAGAUUCACGUCACGCAGAAGAGCGAGGUACCCAGGCUUGAGGGGUUCUUGCUGGAUCUACAUGCGUAUGAUCAGGUGACGGAGCUUGAUACGAGUCAGAAGGGGCACAGUCAUUUGGACUCCACCAUCUCGACUGUCUCGAUACCGGUGCCUAAGCUGGCGCCUGGACAACUGGCCAACAUCGACAAGUGGCUGAGGAAAGUGCUCUGGGAUCGUCGGCUCCCCGGCGACGAUAAAACGGUGGUGGACGUGCACCGGUCCAAGGGACGCCUGGUUUUUGAGAACGGUGACGUCAAUCUCAUCCAGGGUGUGAGGGAAAUCUUUGAGAUUCUGGACUCGCCUGACCAGUCGCGCGAGGCGACAGGGGAGGGCAAGAUCAUUCUCAUUGGGAGAUAUUUGAAGGAUGUUGACUUUGAGAAGAGUCUUCUAGAUAUCCUCAAGUCGGACGCCUGA